AUGAAUUUUUUUAUCAUAUCAACUCUUGCAUUAAUUUCUUAUCUAACAUUAGAUAUAAUCUUCGAUGAUUAUUUGUGGAUGAGAAACAAUGAUUUUACAAUAAUUCUAUAGAAUAACACAUUUCCAGGAGAAAAAUUAUUAUUUUAGUUUUUUUCCUAUGUUAUUCAACUACCAAUAUUGAUUGGAGGAUUAUAGUUUAUGUUAUCUAAAAAAAAGGUAGAAUCUAUUUUAUACAUCUUUUUAUGCAUAUUUGGAUUUACAAGUAAUGGUCUAUUGAAAAAUGCUUAUCAUUAACCUAGACCAUAUUGGGUAGAAGAUGAAAUCAUAGGGUAUGUAAAAUAAUUAUGAUACUUCAGUAUUGGAUGUAAUAUGGAAUUUGGUAAACCUUCUGGUCAUGCUUAAACUUCAGUCAUAAUAUAUUUCUCAUACUUAUUCAUUUUUUAUCCUUCAACUUUUAGAUUGAAUAAAUUCAAAGUCACAGACAAUGAAGACAGAAAUAAUGAUGAAGAGUCACAAUUUAGUAAUGGAUUAGUAGCAUUAUUAAAUGUCUUUGCUUUUUUAUGUAUAAUUAUGACUGGACUCUCAAGAGUAUUCCUUGGAGUUCAUUCAAUUGGAUAAGUUACCUUGGGAUGGAUAUAUGGAGUUUAUAUUGUUUUAAAUUAUCAGAUUUAUUGUCAUGAAUUCUUAUUGCAGUACUAAUUCUUUAUAAUUAAGCUACAUUAAAAAUCAAUUGUAAAUAAAAAAUGAUGAUGAUGUUAAAUUUUAAAGAAUGUCAAUUUUCAUAUCUGCAAUUUUCAUUUUCAUUAUAAUAAUUGAUGUUACUUUGCUUGAAUUGAAUAGGAAAAUGUUUAAUCAAAAUGAAGAAGAGAUUAACAAUUGGUUACUCAAAAUUACUUAAUGUUAAAACAAAGAAAUAGGUAAAUAUACUAAAGAUCAUACAAAUGUACUAUAUAAUGCUUGUUUCUUACAUGGAACAUUAUUCUCAUUUAUAUUUUCAUUUAUUUUAGGAUGCUUUUUUAGUCAAGGAAGUUUUAAUUCAUUAGAGUACUAAAAUUAAAUGGAAUAUUAAACUGUAAAUUUUAAGAUAUGUAGAUUAAUGUUCUUUUUGCCUAUGCUAUUACCUUUACCAUUAUUGUUAAUUUAAACAUAUAAUGUUUAUAUAACAGCUUUUCUUAUAGUAUUAUAUAUCAUAAUCUAGUUUAUACCAGUUAUUUUUAUUGAAUCUUGGUACAUGACAAUUAUGUAUCCAAUUUUAUUGAAAAAAUAUAAAUAUUAAAUCAAAGGAGAGUUUCUGGAAUCAAAAAUAGGUUAUUAUGAGUAAUUAUCUUAAAGUUGA